AACAGGCUCUAAAUAUUAGGUUGUCUACUUUGAGCAUAAGUCCUAUGGUACCCUUUGACUUGAGGAAGUUAGAUAAAUUUCAUAAUCUUAAGAAAACCAUAAGUAUAUUAGAUAGAUGAGGAUUCUAGCCCUCGGCAUAGUCCAAUGGUGUAAAAGAUAGGAGUGGGGUUAUCUCACGUUUUGCUGACAGUCGCAGUGUGGGGGUUCAAUUCCUGAAAUAUGGAAUUGGACUCCUUGUCGGUGAAGUGUACAUGCAGUUCUUAUUCUCUGGCCUGUUAUGACACAUUUCGCGAUUUACCUCCCUCACAAAACUCUAGGAGCGAGGCCGUGGGAGCAUUCAAAACUGGGGUUCAACCUUUUUUUUAGAUGAGGAUCCUAGAUAGAAGCAGCCACUGGUUUUACGGGUUUAGGAGUCAACAAGAAUUGGUAGAAGUAAUUCAAGAUUGAGAAAUAGUCAUGGCUAAGGAGCAAUUACAAGUGCUUAAUGCACUUGAUGUGGCUAAAACACAAUGGUAUCACUUCACUGCAAUUGUGAUUGCUGGUAUGGGAUUUUUCACCGAUGCCUAUGAUCUCUUCUGCGUUUCACUGGUAACCAAAUUGCUCGGCCGCAUAUACUACCACCAAGACGGAGCCAAAAAUCCAGGCACUUUGCCUCCCAAUGUGGCUGCUGCUGUCAACGGCGUCGCGCUUUGUGGUACUCUUGCAGGCCAACUCUUCUUCGGGUGGCUUGGCGAUAAAUUGGGUAGGAAAAAGGUGUAUGGCAUGACCCUUAUGCUUAUGGUCAUAUGUUCAAUUGCUUCUGCCCUUUCGUUUGGAGAUCAACCGAAGGCUGUUAUGGCUACACUUUGCUUCUUCCGUUUCUGGCUCGGUUUUGGCAUUGGAGGUGACUACCCGCUCUCCGCCACAAUCAUGUCCGAGUAUGCCAAUAAGAAGACUCGUGGAGCGUUCAUUGCUGCAGUUUUUGCAAUGCAAGGUUUCGGAAUUUUGGCUGGUGGAAUGGUAGCAAUCAUCGUUUCUGCAUCGUUUAAGGCCGGAUAUCCUGCCCCUGCCUAUGAAGAUAAUGCUUCUGCUUCGACGGUCCCUGAAGCUGAUUACGUUUGGCGCAUAAUUGUAAUGUUCGGUGCAAUUCCAGCCGCACUCACUUACUACUGGCGUAUGAAGAUGCCUGAAACAGCACGUUAUACGGCAUUGAUUGCCAAGAAUGCCAAACAGGCCGCUUCUGAUAUGUCCAAAGUAUUGCAAGUUGAACUCGAGGCUGAACCUGAAAAGGUUGAGAAGCUUGCGGAGGAGAAAGAGAAUGGUUUCGGCUUGUUUACGAAGGAAUUCCUCCGACGCCAUGGACUUCACUUGCUUGGAACAACGAGUACAUGGUUCUUGCUGGACAUUGCCUUCUACAGUCAGAACCUUUUCCAGAAGGAUAUUUUCUCUGCAAUUGGGUGGCUUCCCCCUCCCAAAACAAUGAAUGCGAUCGAAGAAGUUUACAGAAUUGCGAGGGCUCAAACUCUUAUUGCCCUCUGCAGUACUGUACCAGGCUACUGGUUUACAGUCGCGUUCAUCGACAAAAUUGGAAGAUUUGCAAUUCAGAUAAUGGGAUUCUUCUUCAUGACGGUGUUUAUGUUUGCACUGGCUAUUCCUUACACGCACUGGACACACAAAGAGAACCGAAUCGGAUUUGUGAUUAUUUACUCACUCACGUUCUUCUUCUCCAAUUUUGGGCCGAAUGCCACGACAUUUGUCGUCCCGGCGGAAAUUUUCCCAGCAAGAUUAAGGUCCACGUGCCACGGAAUAUCAGCAGCCGCUGGCAAGGCUGGAGCCAUUAUCGGAGCAUUUGGAUUUUUGUAUGCUGCUCAGCCUACUGAUCCAAAAAAGACUGAUGCUGGAUACCCUCCUGGUAUUGGUGUUAGGAACGCGCUUAUCGUUCUUGGCUGUGUCAAUUUCCUUGGUAUGUUGUUCACUUUAUUGGUGCCCGAGUCGAAGGGUAAAUCACUGGAGGAAAUGUCACAGGAGAAUGAGGAUGACAGUGGGACUGAAACAGAAAUGAGGCAACAAGGCGAAAAUGAAAUUAGAGCAGUUCCUAUUUAGUUAAUUACAAGUUUUAAACUUGGCAAAGAUACAGAUAGAAUACGUACUUCAGAUUCACCUUAAGAGGGAUUAGUACUCUCUGCAAGUAUCUAAGUUUGAUGUUAUCAUACUAAUGUAUGCAAAAUCAAUCCAGUCAAAGUAAAUUAAUCUUCUACAGCAAAAAUAGUUAUAUAAAUAUGAAAAUGGUUUCAAUCUUAAGUCCCCUGAA